GUGGAGAAUCUGCGCGUUCGCCCCGCCCCCGCAGCAUCAGCAUCCCCGCCCCUGGUGACGUGCCGCGCUCAGCUGUGCGGUAAACAGCGGAACGAGCGGCGAGCGGCUGCGGAUUGAUGCCGACUCCAGCGCGCGUCAGGAGGCGACAUGUGUCCAUAGAACCUCUGGUCCUCCUCCACCCCGCGGCACUGAUGAAGCCUCCUCUGCUGGAGGAACAGCGGGCCGAAGGGCGGAUAGAGGAGAGAGAGGAUGUACUGGCGCGUCGGCUUCGCCUGGAGCCGCUCCUGCGCGCUUGAGCUGGGCCUGAACAAGAGCUUCUCGCUCGGCUUGAGCGGCUCCGAGGAGCAUCUGUCGCUGUAUGGGUACAUCAUUGCCUACCCGCUGCAGGAGUACGGAGGGAUCAUGUCUGCUUUAGGAUUUGACUCCUGGUGGAGAAAAACGCUCUACAUCACCGGGGGCGCCCUGCUCGCCGCCGCUGCCUAUUUACUACACGAGCUGCUUGUCAUUAGGAAGGAACAGGAGUUGGACUCUGAAGACGCCAUCAUUCUGCAUCAGUUUGCCCGGCCCAAAACUGGAGCCCCUAGCCUGUCCCCCUUUUGCCUGAAGAUAGAAACGUACCUGCGGAUGGCGGACCUUCCCUACCAGAACUAUUUCGAUGGGAAGUUGUCUCCUCAAGGGAAGAUGCCGUGGAUUGCGUAUAAUAAGGAGCAGGUGUUCGGGACAGAGUUCAUCAUCAACUUCCUGGAGGAGAAGCUCGGCGUGAACCUCAACUCCAGCCUGAGUCCUCAGGAGAAAGCCAUCUCACGCGCCAUCAUUAAGAUGGUGGAGGAGCACUUCUACUGGACGAUCGCAUACUGUCAAUGGGUGGACAAUGUGGAGGAGACGCAGAAGAUGUUAGCCACAAACGGGCCGCUGAGUGACCUGCUCAGUUGGAUCUUGAGUCAGGUGACCGGCAGCAUUGUGAAGAGAGAGAUGUACGGCCACGGGAUCGGACGCUUCUCCAAAGAGGAGGUUUAUUCUUUGAUGGAGAAAGACAUGCGCACUCUUGCCACAUUCCUUGGCAAUAAAAAGUAUCUAAUGGGCCCGCAGCUCUCCACAGUAGACGCUGCUGUAUUUGGUCAUCUGGCUCAGGCUAUGUGGACUCUCCCAGGAACGCGUCCGGAGCAGUUAAUCAAAGGUGAGUUCAUCAACCUGGCCAUGUACUGUGAGCGAAUCCGCCGAAAAUUCUGGCCAGAGUGGUUUGUAGACGUCGACGACCUUUACUACGACGGACUGAGCGAGGAGCCGGAUUCUCCAUCCCAGCUUCCGGAUUUGGGUCUGUACUCGCGCAGCGGCAGCUUCCAGGAACAGGAAAACUCUCUAUCGCACCACGACACGCCGUCACCGGACAGCGACGCCACCGGACACUCUCUGUUCGACUCGGACAUGGACACCGAAUGCUCGGAUAUGGAGCAGUUGAAGUGAAAACCACACCUCCUUGAUGAGCCAUCUGCACGGGCCCCGCCCCCUUUGUUCUCCCAUAAGCCUUUUAGCAGGAGAAGGGCUGGUCAAAUAAAGAUGUGGUGAAGUGGCAGUGGUUUCCCAGACUCUGCAUAAGGGAUGGCAAUAAAGCAGAUGGGAAAGGUAUUCUGACACUUUUUAAUUAAUGAGAAAGAGGAUUUUAUUGAACGAGGGAAGGCCAGUCUAUAGAGAAUCCAGGAAGAAAAAAGAAUAAAAAAGAGUGAGAAUGACGCUACAGCUGAAUCACUCAUCCUGCGGUGUGACAUCAUCACUGUGCUUGAAAUCAGCAGAAUGACAUCAUCUCAUGUGACCACUCCCCAUUCACCGAGUGUGUUUGUAGCUAAACAGCACUUCUUACAUCCUGGUGUUUAUAAGUAUACAGGUGGACAGACAGAAAGAAGGUUUUUGGGUGAUUAUUGAAAUGUGUAGAUACUUGACUGAUUUAGACGGAAUCAUUUCUAAUCUAAAAUUAAUGUCCAGUUUUAUUCAGUCGAAUCACAAAUCUAAGAACGGAAGAUGCAAAGCGAGAAAGCUGAAUUUCCUCAAACCACUGCAGCAUAGUAGAAUUCCCAAAUUGAUGAUCUUGCCUUUUUACCUUUUUAUGGCCAAUUAUGCAAUGCAUUAAUGAAUAAUUCACCCAAAAAUGAAAAUUCUGUAAUUUAAUCAUCCUUAGAUCAUCACUAGUCUAUAUGACUUACUUUAUUCUGUAGAACACAACGGAUACAUUUUAAACAGUUUAUGAUUUUUUUUUUUUCAAACAAUAAAAGUAUACAGUGACCAGAGGCUGUGAAGAUCUAACAUAUUACAUGGAAUUAUUUAUUUAGAUAAAUAAAGUUUGCCUUUUUUGAAGUAUCAUAUUUGAUACAUCUGGCUUUUAUGGUUUCAUGGUUCAUAUAAUAUGAUAUAUGAGCAUGUGAAGAUCAUACUCAAUUUUCUCUAGGCAUAACAGACUAUUUACAUAAAAUGCAUAUAAAUAUCAGUUGUCGCUCUAGCUGGAUGUAUCAUAUUUGAUGCUCACAUUUUAAAAGUUAAAGUUAUUUUUAUACUUACAAAAAGACGUGAACCACAACAUUUUGGAAAGAUAAUAAAAGGCCUAUUACUUUCUAAAAAUAUAUAAAUUAUGGAU